AUGGACACAGAAAAUCAAUCUGUAGUGCAUGAAUUUAUACUUCUAGGACUUGGGAACUCAUCAAAUAUGCAGGUUCUAUUCUUCAUUAUAUUUUUACUCCUUUACUUAAUCACUGUCUGUGGAAAUAUUAUCAUCAUGAUCUUAGUCAUCACAGACACUCGUCUUCAUUCCCCUAUGUAUUUCUUUUUGGCCAAUCUGUCUUUUGUUGAUAUGUGGAUUUCCUCAAAUGCCACUCCUAAAAUGAUUGGAGAUAUUCUUAAGAAGAAAAAGACCAUUUCUUUUGGAGGCUGUAUGUACCAAAUCUUCUUUGCACAUUUCAUUGCAGCGCUUGAAAUGGUGAUACUUGUAAUAAUGGCAUAUGACCGCUAUGUGGCCAUUUGUAAACCACUUCACUACUCAAUCAUAAUGAGCUUGCAAAGGUGCAUUGGAUUGGUGGUGACAGCUUGGACUGUGGGCUUUGUGCAUGCCAUAAGUCAAAUGAUGGUGGUUGUGCGGCUGCCUUUCUGUGGGCCAAAAAUAAUAGACAGCUUCUUUUGCGAUAGACCGCUGGUCAUCAACCUUGCCUGCAUGGAUUCAUAUAAGAUAAAGAUUUUAAUGAACAUUGACUGUGGUGUUGUGGCUGUAACAUGCUUUAUUCUGUUGCUGAUCUCCUAUACAUAUAUUCUCAUCACUGUCCACCAAAGCUCUAAAACUGGAGCAUCUAAGGCACUGUCUACUUGCACUGCCCACAUCACAGUGAUGGUUCUCUUCUUUGGGCCCUGCCUCUUCAUUUAUGUGUGGCCACUCAACAUCAUCUGGAUGGACAAAUUUCUUGCUGUGUUUUACUCUAUAAUUACACCUCUCCUAAAUCCAGCCAUUUAUACACUGAGAAAUAAAGAAAUGAGAAAUGCUAUUAAGAGGCUCAUAAGCCAGUAG